AGUCUUCUCAGAAAGGCUCAGUCCCCUGUUUGAGUCAGAUCGAGGGACCAUGCCGUUCCAGGUUCAAGGAUAAAACCCAUUGGGCCCAAGUGCCGUCAUAUUCCACCUUCAGUGCCUUCCUCCACAAUUGGGAUUCACCCCUGCUGAAAAGCGCAGCCUGACAGCAAGGGAACAAAAAACUAUGCUAUCACAUAGUGCCAUGGUGAAGCAAAGGAAACAGCAAGCAUCAGCCAUCACGAAGGAAAUCCAUGGACAUGCAAAUGAAGCCUUGCACCAUGAAAAUAUUCACAUCUAGAGUCAUGAAACCUUGUGAGGCAUCUGGAAACCUGGAUGAGUGUAGUAUUUCACAUCAUCUUUUCCAUAAAGCAAGCUGUUCUACCAAUCAAAGUGUCUUGCAUACCGGCCACAUACCGCAGUCAUGUUGAAAGGAUGUUGACGGCAUGGACCUGGGCAAAAAAGUUAGCAUCCCCAGAGACAUCAUGAUAGAAGAAUUGUCCCAUUUCAGUAAUCGUGGGGCCAGGCUGUUUAAGAUGCGUCAAAGAAGAUCUGACAAAUACACCUUUGAAAAUUUCCAGUAUGAAUCUAGAGCACAAAUUAAUCACAAUAUCGCCAUGCAGAAUGGGAGAGUUGAUGGAAGCAACCUGGAAGGUGGCUCACAGCAAGGCCCCUCAACUCCGCCCAACACCCCCGAUCCACGAAGCCCCCCAAAUCCAGAGAACAUCGCACCAGGAUAUUCUGGACCACUGAAGGAAAUUCCUCCUGAAAGGUUUAACACGACGGCCGUUCCUAAGUACUACCGGUCUCCAUGGGAGCAGGCGAUUGGCAGCGAUCCGGAGCUCCUGGAGGCUUUGUACCCAAAACUUUUCAAGCCUGAAGGAAAAGCAGAACUGCGGGAUUACAGGAGCUUUAACAGGGUUGCCACUCCAUUUGGAGGUUUUGAAAAAGCAUCAAAAAUGGUCAAAUUCAAAGUUCCAGAUUUUGAACUACUGCUGCUGACAGAUCCCAGGUUCUUGGCCUUUGCCAAUCCUCUUUCGGGCAGACGAUGCUUUAACAGGGCGCCAAAGGGGUGGGUAUCUGAGAAUAUCCCCGUCGUGAUCACAACUGAGCCUACAGAAGACGCCACUGUACCGGAAUCAGAUGACCUGUGAGAGGGAAGCUGGGGAUGCCACAGGAAGUUCUGCACAUAGAAGCUGCUGUUGGUCUGCUUAGGGCAAAGCCAUUGGAGUUGCUCACCUCUAAAGUCACUCAAUAGCAGUUAAGUACAUUUCAUCUUAUGGCACUUAAUUUGAACUGGACAAUUAAAUUCUUAUUUUAAAAACUUUUAA